AUGUAUUACAACAACAUACGAUUCUUAUCUGCAGAUACUGAAGCAAGAAAGCCGUCGGAUUCAAACUUCAAGCAGCAGCGUCUGCCGGCAUGGCAACCGAUCCUGACGGCUGGAACCGUGCUACCGAUGUUCUUUGUCAUCGGCAUUCUCUUCAUCCCCAUAGGCAUCGGCCUUCUCGUCACAUCGAACAACGUUGUGGAGCACAUUGAAGAUUACACGGACUGUAACUCUGAAUCGGGGAACAGGACUUGCGCAGACAUCAUCGGACCGGACAUGGUCAGCAGCAACGGAUCUACAUGCAUCUGUAGGAUCCGGUUCAAAUUGGCAAUAGAGAUGCCUGCGCCCGUCUACAUCUACUACGGCCUGACGAACUUCUACCAGAACCACCGGCGCUACGUGAAGUCACGCGACGACAACCAGCUGCUGGGCAAGGACGUGACGAAGGUGAGCAAGGACUGCGCGCCGUUCGACACGACCGAGCCGGACGGCCAGGGCACACCGUACGCUCCCUGCGGCGCAAUCGCUAACAGCAUGUUCAGCGAUUCGUUCGAUUUGUUUUUCGAGAACGAGGAGAAUCACACCAACGUGAAGGUCGACAACACCGGCAUCGCGUGGCCCACCGACAAGAAUGCAAAGUUUGACAACCCCGAACCGAAGAACGACCUUCCGACAGCGUUCAUGGGCACGGUGAAGCCGCUCUACUGGAGCCAACCCGUCUACGAGCUGGACGCUAAGAACCCGGCCAACAACGGCUACAAGAACGAGGACCUGAUCGUGUGGAUGCGCACGGCUGCGCUGCCUAACUUCCGCAAGCUGCACCGGCGCGUCAAGCACACGGACUCGCCCUUCCAGAAGGGCCUGCCCUCCGGAGACUACACCGUGCGCAUACAAUACUCGUACCCGGUGAAGUCCUUCCAGGGCACGAAGACGUUCAUC